AUGGCGAAGCCAGGGCUGCGGCCUCGCUGGACUGGUGGCGACAGUCGUUCAAGCGGUUGGUUUGGUCUAGCCAAAAUGCUCAUGCCCGAUGAGUACCGGCGGAUCGACGCCAUUCGGAAGAAUAGACGAGAUCGGGUACGAGCCGCAGCACUGAAUGAAAAAGCCAUCGAAGAUGAUGCUUCCAGCAUAGCAGGGACCAGGACAGCAAACCCGACUGGCACAGAUGAAGAAGAAGAACCACAUGCAGAGGAGACUGAAGAGGCAGCCCGAGAUGCGGAGGAUGACUUUGCAGAUGUCGGCAGGGCAAGCAACGUAAGGUCCCAUGCCGGGUCUGGCCAAUCUAAUGAUGGCUGCAAGCCUCAACGAGAUGUUCCUUCGUCUCAGGCACCGUCAGUGAGGACGAGAAGUAGCACGAAACCUGUUGCCGCCAAGGCCUUUGACGGAGGCGACCAAUCAUCACAGCGGGCCUUCCCAAGAGAGUGGGCAGCGUUCCUCUUCGCGUGCGUCGGGAGUUCCUUCUUACUACAAAUCCGCAAUCGCAGAAUGGUGCGAAAGAGUGUGCAGUCCCAACCAACGAGCCGAGACAUCAUCCCCCCGGACUUUGCAGUCAGAUUUCCCAACCAUCAAGACGAUCAGCUCACCCCCAGCCUCCAGCAGACUUAG